AUGGACUUCCCUUGGACUUCACCAGCCGACUUCCCAAGGGAGCUUUGGCGUGUGCUGCAUGCAAAACAAGAAACCAAGUCUAAUGGCAUGGGCCUGGUUGCGGGCGCUCCAUGGUUACGCCUCCCUUUCCAGACCAAUCUAGCGGCUUUCACAGGCUCUAUCAUGGCUCACCGCAAUCAAGACCGUCUGCUUUCUCCUUACAUAUCCUUCUUCGAAGACAAAGCCGAGGCGGAACAAUGGUGCUUGGCAGCAGAGGAAUAUCUUCAUGAGACAACGCAUAUCAUUCAAUUCGUCAUCAAUGAUGACAUGCUUCAAGCUCUCUCGAUGGGUACGUUCCGUGCUUUCAGAGUAAAGGACGUUGCGAGGCAAUUGGGACUCGAGGAUAGCAUCCUGGGAUAUGGAUCCGAGAGAGGCUUUUCUGAUAGCGAAUUCAUGUGGCUUGGGGCCGCUCCUGUUACGAACUUCUUCGUCGUCGAGUCCAGCAAGGACAUCCGCCAGAGGAAGCAGAAGGAGAUGUACCCAAUACUGAAUCUGGACGGAGAGACGAAAUGCAAAUGUGAAUUGGACGGACGGGCUAAGGUUGGCGAGACGCAUUUGUGCGUUACAAAAUACGACUGCAGAAGCACUGAUGUCAACAUGUGGAUGUACAGAUAA